ACCACUCCAACUGCCUCCUUCCCACUACCAAGAGUCCUCUCCUCACCUUACCCUACGCUUACCAAACUAACCCCCCCCCCCCCCCCCACACACACACACACACAUAACUGGUGCUCCUCCUGCUGCCGAGCCCCAACUCUCCGAGCUACCAUUCUCCGUCGAUCUCCUCCAGCGCUAGCUCGCCCAUGGCCUCGGGCUCAAACCCGGACAGCGUGGACAGCGACCCUCCCGGCAGUCUCUCCAUCGCCAUCGAGCGCAACCCGCCGGAGUCGCGCCUGCUCCAGCUCGGCGUCAAGUCCUGGCCCAAGUGGGGUUGCCCGCCGGGGAAGUUCCCGGUGAAGUUCGACGCGCGGCAGACGUGCUACCUGCUCAAGGGCAAGGUGCGGGCGCACAUCAAGGGCUCGUCGGAGUGCGUGGAGUUCGGCGCCGGCGACCUCGUCGUCUUCCCCAAGGGGCUCAGCUGCACCUGGGACGUCGUCGCCGCCGUCGACAAGUACUACAAGUUCGACUCAUCUUGAUCGUCGCUCGCGCUCGAUAGAUUUCGCUGAUUGGUCAGGCCGCUUAUUGAUUGGGCUGCUUAAUUGUGUUAAUUAGCCUAAUUCUGCUGCUAAUUUGCUUAUGUAGUUUGUGUCUAUCUCUAAUUGUCUUCCCCGUUGUGUAAAAAAAAAUGGGUGCAGGGUAUCUAGCCCCUGUGUAGGCCAGUUGUUAUUCCUCCAUGAACUGAAAAAACCGGUCAAUGCAGGGGCUGUUCAAAGUAUUCUUGUUUAUUCCUCCUUGUGCAAUUCAUUUUGAAUGCGUCUUUGACCAGCGUACUGGGACUACGCUGUCUCCUUUUU